AUGGGCUUGCACAUUUCUGAGCUGCAACAACCCAACCUCAUGCAGAUCACAGAGCUCAACGCUGCUUGCAACGAAGCUCAGGGCGAGAGGGACUCGCUGGCCGAGCAGCUUGCGGAUGCACGGGCGGCCACUGCGGAGGCGUCCAGCACCGCCAACCAGCUGCAGGAGGCCCUGGCGCAGGCCGCCAGAGCCGCCGAGGCCAACGACGCCGAGCUGAAGGCGCAGGAGGACGCCCUCGAAGCCAAGCGGGCCGAGCUGGAGGCGGCGCAGGCCAAGGGGGCCGAGGCGCGCGCCACCAUGGCGGCGCUGCUGGGGCUGCUGGCGGCCAAGGAGGCUCAGCUGGCGCAGGCCUGCGCUGCGCAGCAGCAGAGCGCCGCGGAGGUGGAGGCGCUGCGCGCGAGCCUCGUCGAGGUGCAGGAGGGCCGGCGCCAGCUGGUGCUGGUGGCUGCGAUGCUUCACAAGGAGCUGGCCACCUACAAGCAGGUGUUGGCUGCCGCCAAGCAGAAGAUCGAGGGUCUCAAGAUCCUGCUCCGCCGUGCUGCUGCGCAAGGGGCCGCCCAGGAGUUCGUCCACGGCAUAAUCGGCAACGUGGUCGAGACCAUGAAUGCGCGGGAGCUGCAGGCGGCCACCGCGGCCAGCCAGGCCCUGGAGGCAACGCUGGGCGAGGCGACCACCCAGCUGGAGCAGCUUGGCCUUGAGAAGGCCGAGCUCAAGGAGGAGCUGGGCGGUGUCAAGGAAGCCCUCAGGACGGCCAAAGGGCAGGCCAACGCCAUGCGCCAGCAGCAGCACCUCGCGCAAGGCCAGGCGCAGGAGCGCGCCACCACGGCCGAGAAGCGCGCCAACAAGGCGGAGGGGGACCUCCGCAGCAGCCAGCAGCGCGAGCAGGGGCUGCGGCAAGAGCUGGGGGCCAAGGACAAGGCGCUGAAGGAGCAGGCCAUCAAAAUCUCCAGGCUUGAGUCGCAGAUGGAGGGGCUGCAGGCGGACGCAGACAAAUGGAACAGGGCGCAGGCGCAGCGCGUCGAGCAGCGUGAGGCGGAGAGGGGGGAGCGGCUGGAGUCAGAGAAGGAGAAGCGGCGCCUGCAGAAACAAGUCGCCCAGCUUAGGGGCACGGUCGGCUCGGGCGACAAGGCCAGCCAAGACGCCCUGGACGCCCUGGUGGCGGCCAGCAACAAGCUGCAGAAGGAGCUGGACGCCGCCAAGGCCAGGAGCGAGCGCCUGCAGGAGCGCAUCAAGGCGGCAGAGGCGGCGGCGGCGGCGGCCGCGGCGGCGGCGGAGCCGCAGCCGGGGAUGCACGCCAACGCCGUGAAGCAUGCAAAGGCGCAGGUGGCGGCGCGGGACGAGCAGCUGGCGACACUGGCCGAGGAGCACAGGCAGCAGGUGGAGGCCAACGCGGCGCAGAAGCGGCAGCUGGAGGCGAAAGAGAGGGAAAUUGAAAAGCUGCUCGCCGGCGGCGCCGAGGCGGCGGCCUGUAAGGCGCUGAAGAAGGAGAUCAGCCAGCAGCAGGGGCGCGAGCUGGCGCUGCUGGCAGACAUGCGGAAGCUCAAGAAGGACCUCGCCACGCGGCUGCCGCAGCACCUCCUCCACGAGGCGGCCAGUGUGGUGCCGCGGGUGCUGCAGCACACGCUGACGCCCCUGCAGCUGCAGUUGUGCCAGGCCUGCAAGGAGCUUAGCGAGGUCAGGAUCUCGGAGGAGGAGGCGGAGCAGCUGCAGGGGCCGUGGAAGGAUAUGGUCCUCUCGCGCCACCAGGCGGCGGCCGCCGCCGCCGUGGCGGCUGCCCAGCAGCAGAAGCAGCAGCAGCAGCAGCAGCAGCGGGCUGCGCCGCGCAUGUCCAGGGACAGCGCGGACGGCGGCGGCGCCGACCAGGCGCCCGCGGCGGCGGGCCCCGCGCCCGCCAAGGCGGGCCGCGGCGCCGGCGCCAGCAGCGGCAUCAGCGGCGUCCGCGGCGCCGCCGCCGCCGCAGAGGUGUUAAAGCAGGGGGUGGAUGCGGCAGUUCGGCUGGCCCUGUGCAGCCUGGACCAGGAGGCGGCGGAGGCGAUGGGCCGCAGUGGCGGCGCUGCGGCCGCGGUCGGCGUGGGCGCGUCAGGGAGCGGCGCCGCGGCGCGGCAGUGA